GUGGGCUUAGGGGUGAAAUCGUCGCAGCGUUAAGGCCAAAACUUAUCUUAGCCCCGAGAAUACGUUGUCACGCUUGCAGAUGGGGACUCGGGUGAUGGACGAUGAAAUACCGCGUGGGCAGAGCUCUCCAAAUCGACGAUACUACAGACAACAUGACCCCAGCUAUUAUGGCAGCUCUGCUGACCCGCUACAACAACAACAGAGUCGACCAACCGACCCUCAGCAGCGUCGGAAGAAAGAACAGAUAGAUCAGCUUAAAAAUUUUGUUGGGCUGGGAAUAGGUUUGUCAAGUGUUUUCUCAGAGUAUGUGCUUUCGCACCCCUGCGUAGUACUGAGGAGGCAAUGCCAGGUGAAGUCAGAAGGAGGCUGGUAUCAUCUCACUCCUUUCACAAUAUUCCCAGUUGUGUUCAACAUCGGCAAACAUCAGGGACUGACCUCAUUAUGGAAGGGUAUUGGGAGCACAUUUGCUGCUCGUGGCAUCUUCCUAGUUAGUGAGACAAUCAUCAGUGAAAUUACACCAUUCCCAAAGGAGGUCACCAGGCACAGUUCAUUGAAGAAAAUAGGACAACACUUUGUUUUAAAAUGCAUGGCUCACACUCUAACAACCCCCUUCUAUGCAUCCAGUUUUGUAGAGACUGUUCAAAGUGAUAUAGCAAGUGAAAGGCCUGGGGUGUUUGACUGUUUAAAAGAAGGGGUGACCAGGGUGAUGGGAUGGGGUUUACCUCAAUCCACCAGACUGCUACCAGUUUAUAAGCUGAUCCUCCCUGUCUUGGGAUAUAAACUGUCCCAUUAUGUUAUCUCCUCAAUAGCUCAGUACACAGUGAUGUCGGCAGUGAAAGUAGAACAGCGAGAAAGACAGUCCUCUCAGGAACAUUUGGCAGAGGCAUCGCGCAUUCCAUCCCGCAGUAUGUAUGACAAGUACUUCCCAGAGCUGCUGGCCGCGUUCACGGGCAACUUUUUGGCUGAUGUUAUGCUGUACCCCUUGGAGACUGUGAUGCACCGGCUGUUUAUACAAGGUACCAGGACCAUCUUAGACAACAUGGACUCAGGGCUAGGGGUGCUGCCCAUCCACACCCGUUACGAGGGACCCCUAGACUGCUUCAUGUGCAUCAUAAAAGAUGAAGGACUCACUGGGUUGUAUAAAGGUUUCGGGGCCCUCCUUCUACAGUAUUGCAUCCACGCAACAAUUCUGAGGACUGUCAAAUUUCUCUUUGAGCAAUUGUCACAGGACAACAACCCACCACCAAUUCAACAGAGACGAAGAUAAUCUACCAUUUCUUUAGAUAAGGGUAUGCAGAAGUAAACAUUAACUUAGAAAGUUGUUAAUGGCUGUUACUUGUACAUUGUACAUGUACUUUAACUCUGUAGAUUGUAUAUGUUACAAAAUACUUUAUUGCAGAUAGAAAAGAAGAUACAAUAUCUGUAAAACAAGAAUUGAAAACUGAAUUGAAACAUGUCUGGUCUAUCAUGUACAAGUAUAGAUGGAGUAUUAUUGGAAGUUAGAUAUUUGAUGUGCUUUGUCUUGAUCGAGUUGCAGAAUAGUCAAAUUUCAACCUUCAAUUUUAAUUCAUCAACAUACAUUGCAAAAAACAUUUAUUUAGCCAAAAUUUUCACAUAAUAAAUUUGAAAACUAGUUAAGAGACCUACAUAUUCCAGCCAAUGUUGCUUGCACUUCUGGAUUUACGACAAAAUGUCUUGGAAUUUCAAAUAGACCUGAACAUGUGACUUUUGCUUUAAAUAGAUAUCUUGUUCCACAUUUUCACUUCGCUGUACGUUAAAUCAGAUACUGGUUGCAAACAUAAUGUAUUCAUGUAUGACUUUGGUAGAAGUUUAAUAUUUCCCAUUUCAUACAGAAACCGUUCAGAAUCCAUUUGUUUGCUCCCACUGUCGUGACCAUAAUGCAAAUUCCUUUGAAGUCAGAUAAAUCAGAUUCCAUUCAGAUUCUGAUAUUAAGGAUAUGGUGUUAAUUGUAUGGUUUUGUAUUCCUUGUGUGAAGUGUGUGCUGAAUUGUUUUCUUAUAUUUUUAUUUAUUAAAUGUAAAAGUUGAUUUUAUAUGUGCUAGCAUUUAUAUGAAUACCUUUUGUAUAGAAUUCCUCUCUUCUGUAUUCUAACAUUGUACUUUUUUCACUAGAUCAUUAGAGUCAUUAGAUCAUUUUAUGAUCUGUAGCAAAUUUGUGUGAAAGGCAAACCUAUGUUUGCUUGAGGAUGCCAGUCCUCAAAAGGUUGUUUAAGAAUGCGUCAAUUAAAAUGUGCGUUACGACACGUUGAUAAAAAUUAAUUAGGUUAAUUGUUGAACUGAAGUCAUAAACCUAAUAUGAAUGGUAUAAUGGGAGUAUAACUCUAAAAAUUUGGGAUUAUUAUUAUCAAUUUUAUAUAAAUUGAAAUCAGGCUCUUGGUGGCUAAGUGGUAAAGAGUUUGUCAUGCACCCAGUAAAGUUCUUCGUUUCUUCCUUGGAACACCGUGUUUUUUUAUUUUAUUUAUUUUUUUUUUCCAAGAUGAACUUGACCAGUGCUGACUCAGUGGAAUGUUUAAUAUGGUAUGGUCCAAUCACUCAUUUGGUCAUUUUUUUUAUUGUCAGAAGUUUUUUAAUGUCAUACUCAAAAAUGUAUCAUCUUGUAAAAAACAUCUGCUUGGAUUAUGUGUGGGAUUAAUUUAGAAAUUAAAUAAAUAAAUACAAUGAGCCUAGACUCAAGAAAGAAAUUAUCUAAUGUACACAUGCAAAUCAAGUAAUUUCAAACUGGUUUGAAUAUGUAAGUAUUAUUAUCAGAUUUCUCCUUAACUUCAGAAUUAUAAAUGCGAUUAGAGACAUGCAUGUACAUGUGUUGUCUCCUGUGUGCACACAGUUUUCCUGUGUGUAUGUUUGUAUAUGUUAGUGUGUAUACUACAAGUACAUGAAGAAAUGUUAAAUAACAUUUCAAGUUGUUACUUUGAGUAAAAUUUUAUGGCUUUAUGUCCUGCCUCUGUUAGCUACAGUUUAACUUCAUCAAUUUGGCUCAAUUUGUCAUCCUUGCAGUGCUAAAAUAUGGUUGCUUAAUAGAUUUUUUAAUUUUAUUGCUCAGUUUUUGCUCAUAUAAAUUCACUCCUUCUUGAAGGGACUCUGUAGAUUCAUGUAUAUUCUAGAGUCAGAGUGUACAUAGACCUUUGUAGGCCUCAUGUUCCAGCAUAGCAUUAUGGAUACCAUAUUGAAAUUUGUGUGUUGGCAAAAUGGAUAUAAUCAAAUUGCAGCACCAGAUAAUUUCACAUCCAUCUGUAUGUAUAGACAUAGUUGUUGUCACAAAACAAACAUAUUAUAAGGUUUGAUAGCUUGCUUGAAUCAUGCUAUGUGUCCUUGAAUUGUGCUAAGAAUUGUAAGCCUAGUAUAUCAGGAGCAGCGGACAGUUAUAAACUUUUGGGGUUGGGGUGGGGGUGGGAGUGCUGAGGCAGUGACUGUAGUAUUCCAACCCACCCGGCAAGGGUCGAGGGGCUGAGGCCCCGUAAGCUCUCGACACUUAUAUUGCUGGAGACACAAUUUAGGUGAUUUCUGGUGAAAAAAAUGUGAUAAAUCCAGGGUAAACUGCAUGCCGCCCUUUUUUUAUUAAGAAUUUUAAACCACUUAGCCAAAGUCAUUUGAUGCAUAGAAAAAUCAUUAUUUGAGGCAGAGCUUAGCUCCCCCACUGAAAUUUUAUCCCUCUCACCCACCCCGUCAACUUAUCAUGCCCCCCCCUCCCCACCCCCCAGUCACAUACGUAUAUGGUGUAUUGAACAUGGCAACUGACAACAAAACUGUUUACUUUGGGAUUGCUCUCUAAGGUACUUUAGAAAGCAAAUCCAGUUAAAUGUAUCAGUUAAAUGCUUGCUUGCAUGUGGCUUGCAUAUAGCUCAUUGUGGUGUUAUGAUACCAGUAUAUGUUGCACUGAGUAGCUCUUGGAAACACUAAGCCGAAUGGUUGUAUCAUCCAUGCAUCUAACAGGCCGAGGCAUUGUUCGCAUAAAAUAAGCAUGCAAUAAGUGUGGAGUAAGAUUGGAAUUUUGGUGAAUGUGAUACUGGUAGAUUUGUUAUCUAAUGAUUGACAUAGAGUGCAAUAUUGUCUAAUUGAAUAUUAUUAAUUAUGACUUAAUAUUUUUCACCAAUAAAAUUGAUUUGUUUCAAUUUCUUUUCAAUAACCUUGGUUUGGUGUGUUUUCCACAAUAAAUAAAA